CGGUGUUAGUUGCUCGUCUCCAUUUCUAACAGAUGAAAUGAAACCAGUCUAGGCUCCCUUUCCUUUCGAUUUAGUGUUUAGGGUUUCGCAUUCAUUCAUAAAGUUAACCGCGCAUAAUGGCUGCCGAUGCGGACUCCACUGCGGGGGUUGCGGCGAUUCAGGACGUGAACGUAUACAUCCGAUGCUCAAACGGCUCUAAAUUUUCGGUGAAAACCACCCUCGAUUCGACGGUCGCAGAAUUCAAACAUGUUUUGGCGCACAAUUGCGAUGUUCCUGCUGAACAACAGCGCUUGAUCUACAAGGGCCGGAUCUUGAAAGAUGACCAAACCCUAGCUAGUUAUGGUUUGCAGGCAGAUCACACUAUUCACAUGGUUCGUGGUUCUGCACCAGCUGCUGCAUCUUCUCCUGCUCCCGUUCCUACUGGUGCUGGGAACACCAACACUAAUGCUGCAACUCAGGGUGGUGGUGUGAAUCCCGGGGGUACUGGGGUGGCUGGUACGGGUGCAUCCUUGUUUCCAGGGCUUGGCUUAGGUGGACUAGGUGGUACUGGGGGGGCAUCUGGAUUAUUUGGAGCCGGACUUCCAGAAUUUGAACAGGUGCAGCAACAACUAACUCAAAAUCCUAACAUGAUGAGGGACAUAAUGAACAUGCCUGCCAUUCAGAGUUUGAUGAACAACCCUGAGAUUAUGCGCAGCCUAAUUAUGAGUAACCCUCAAAUGCGUGAGAUAAUUGAUCAGAACCCUGAACUUGCUCACAUAUUGAAUGAUCCUAGUGUCCUUCGACAAACAUUAGAAGCAGCAAGGAACCCUGAGCUAAUGCGUGAAAUGAUGCGAAACACUGACAGAGCGAUGAGCAACAUUGAAUCGUCUCCUGAGGGAUUCAAUAUGCUCAGGCGCAUGUACGAAAAUGUGCAAGAACCCUUCCUGAAUGCAACAACCAUAGGUGGUAAUGCUGGAUCUGAUACUGGAUCUAAUCCAUUUGCAGCACUCCUGGGGAACCAAGGGGGGUUACAAACUAGAGAUGGAGCUAAUUCAACAAGUGCAACUGAAACAGGAACAGCUGUUCCAAAUGUCAAUCCACUUCCCAAUCCAUGGAGCAAUACUGGAGGUUCUCAAACAACCAAUGCUAACAGACCUAAUCUAACUGGUGAUACGAGGCCACCCCCAAUUACUGGACUGGGAGGACUUGGUCUUCCUGAUUUAGAGCGCACAGGCAUGAGUGAUCCUGCUGCAUUUGGUCAGCUGUUGCAAAAUCCGGCUGUGUCUCAGAUGAUGCAGAACUUGCUUUCAAACCCUCAAAACAUGGAACAACUCAUGGGUUUGAAUCCUCAACUGCGAAGCAUGCUUGACACGAACCCUCAAUUAAGAGAAAUGAUGCAAAACCCAGAACUUAUUCGACAGUUGACCUCAUCUGAUAUGUUGCAGCAAAUGAUGGCUUUGCAGCAACAACUUACUCGGCUGCGGUCAACCCCGGAUGGAGACCAGACUAAUCAAAAUAGAGGAACACAAAAUAAUAUGGGUUUGGACAUGCUGAUGAAUAUGUUCGGUGGACUUGGAGCUGGUGGCUUUGCUGUUCCUAAUGCCCCUGAUGGGCCCCCAGAAGAAGUGUAUGCAACUCAGCUAUCACAACUACAAGAGAUGGGUUUCUUCAACACAGAAGAAAACAUCCAAGCACUCCGUGCCACUUCAGGAAAUGUGCAUGCAGCUGUUGAACGACUUCUAGGAAGCCUGGGGCAAUAGUUGGACAGAUUGUGUACAACUUUUUGGACGCAAAGGAAAGUGAAGAAAAUACUAGAGUUUGGUUACAGGCAUAUUUAGAUGAGCAAUGGAGUGUAAGAAUAAAAUACAACUCACUUUUGUGUUGGGGCUUUUAAGCCUCUGGCCAUGGGAAUGGGAUGGGAGAUUUCUACCAUCAUAGUAUAUAAAUCCAUCAUAGUAUAUAAAUCUCCCAUCAUAGUAUAUAUUGAUUUGUGCCUGUGUACAUACAUAUUUUAAAAGAAUUAUAUUCGUCCUGACA